UUUGUUUGUGAUUUCUGCGUGAAUAGUUCUGGAAGCAAAACAUUCCAGUGUAUAUCACGUUCGCCAUUGUAGUUAAAUUUAACGAACGAUCACGGUCGCGGAAAACACAAAGCUGGGAAAGCACUCUAAAAGUUAUUUGCAACGGUCUAAAGAUUAUCAUCGACCAUAGCUGCGAUUAUCUACUGCUACUGAUUCACUCAUCUUCCUGUUCGGGAGCCAUUCAAGCUUGUGAUACCGAUAAUUUAAUUAGCAACUAGGGUGGGCUUCCGGCAUACUACUAAUAUUCAGUCGCAUUUGACCCGUUCAUUAAACAGAAAAGCUGUUAUUUGCAACCUCAUCACUCAGUAUAAAUAAACUCCCAGUCCUACAUAGUUUACUAAAUCAUUCAUUACAAACCAAACACACAUAUUUACAAUGUUUUUGCCUUGUCCGUUACAAAUUUUUCGUAAUAGUUUACAGUGUAUGACAAAUUUGCUUAAUAAGUUGUCUAUUAGAUUAAACUGGCCUUCGUAUUGUUGUACGUUUACUGCCUAGUUGUCCUUAACAUGAAUCUUUGGUUGAUCACGGAUGGUUUGGUACUCUGUGGUAAUCUCGUUAGUGUCUCUCUUUUAUGACCAUAAUGCUGUUUGUUUAUUCAGCUUUAUGGAAAUGUCUAGUAACGCAAGCCAUUACAUAGUGCACAGUGUAAUCUUUGUAUACUUGCACGUAUUAAUCUAGGUGACGAAAUAUGCGUUAUCGUUGUUAAAUACCCUUAUUAAAAGUAAAAUGGUUGUACAUGAUACAAUAAGUUUGUGGUAAACGCUUGACAUGAAGUGUUGAAAAUUAGUUAUAACAUUAUACCAGUGUUCUUAAUGAACGAUACAUUCAACACUUCAUACUUUUGAGCGUCUACGGAAACAUUCAUCCGGUGCGUGAAACCGUGAAGCCCAUUGCUCCAAAGUAAUUGCUACACACAUGCUCGAAUUACCACUCGUUAUCAUACGAUUGUCGCAUCGGGACCGUACUCAUCUAAAUAAUCUGCUCUGCAAUGCCACACACAAUAACAAGGCUGUAAUAAGGUUUUACCUAACCUGCAAGCUUCCUGUAUUACCUGUUCGCUUAUCUACCCUGGCUACGAUGGCAUCGCUAUACACCAUUGCAUUCAGCCUCGUAAAUGUAGUAACAAAGCUUGUGCCCUACAAUAACGUCAAAAUGUUGUUACCUUUGCCAAAAAUCCAAGCCAUCGGUUGGACCUGUUAGUAGAAACUUCCACUACCUACGCCUUGUCACAGUAGAGUGCACCAGCCAAGUACUUUGCGACAAUCUGCCAACAUCGACUAGUUCAUGCUAUGAUCGAGGCAACUGACCUCAACUGUGCGAAUUGCCGGUAAAGCGUGAGGAGCCAUGGGCAGCUGGUUCGGAUCCGAACGCGCGUUCGUUUAAUAUCAAUUCUAAACGCGUUUGAAUUGAAUGGUUCGCAAAAUAAAAUAAUAUAACGCACGUGAUGGUGAAUCUUCCGUCAGUUCAUGGCUGAGAGAGGUAUAUAAACUGCGUUCAAGUGUGACACGUUCCGUGCGUGACUGAUCAUUCGUAGUUCGUUAAAAGUGUGAAAAAAUUGUGUUAAACAAGUGAACGCAUACAUACAAAAAGGUGUAUAUUCUUUUUAGUGGAACAUUUAGCGUUAAUAUUAUUUUUUACAAACUUCAAUCAUCUGUAAAGCAACAACACCUUAAGCAUGUACGGGCUGCUAGUCCAUUUCAUUAAAGCGAUAGAUCGCAUACCGACCCGGUUCAACGUGUCUAUUAUGUUGUUUAUGGCAUGUCUCAUCAGCUAUAUGUUACGAGUAAACAUGUCUGUCAAUAUAUUGGCAAUGGUGCAGCCAAUUCAAAGCAACAUCAAACAAUCUGCACCCUUGGACCAUAACAACAUAUCUGAUGGAGCAACUAAUCAAACAAUGAUCGAAAAUUCAAAAGUCCCCGAUUAUGGUCCACGAUAUAAUUGGAGCUCUCACGAUCAAAGCAUCAUCUUGGGCGCCUAUUUCUACGGUUAUCUGAUAUCGUCGCUGCCGGCCGGUAUUUUUGCGGAACGCUUUGGCGGACGUAAUAUGGUUGGACUGUCGUUGGCAUUUAGUGCACUCCUAACCGCAUUAACUCCCCUAGCCGCUGACAAUGGCAUGUGGGCCACUAUUGCCAAUCGCGUGGCGCUAGGAAUUUUGGGUGGCUUUUUGUAUCCGGCAUUACACAACCUCAUCUCUAAAUGGGCACCCCCAGACGAGAAGGGAAAGUUCGUAUCGGCUCUCAUGGGUGGAACAUUUGGCACGGUUAUCACGUGGCCCCUGGUCGGCGUUCUAAUUGAGACGCUCGGAUGGUCCUUUGCAUUCUACAUUCCAGCAGUAAUCUCUGCCAUCGUAGCAGUGCUAUGGUACAUUAUUGUAGCCGACAGUCCAUCAACCCAUCCUCGCAUAAAAGCGGAAGAGAAAGACUAUAUAGAAAAGUCACUCGGCGACACAAUCUCGAAAUCGAAGCUCUUACCACCAAUUGCAUCACUUGCUACAUCGCCACCAUUUUUGGCCUUGCUAGUGUUGCAUUUUGGCAACCUGUGGGGCUUGUACUUCUUGAUAACUGCAGCACCUAAAUUUAUGAGUGAGGUACUUGGAUUUAAGCUUGCCAAAGCAGGAUUCCUAGCGGCACUACCAUAUCUAGCAAGAUCAUUGGCAGCAUUUUUAUUCGGAACAGUGGGUGAUUUGCUUCGUAAAAAUUCGAUUAUGCGCGUCACUGCAAUACGCAAAUCCUUCUGCUUAUUCUCUCACAUAAUACCCGGCCUGUUUCUCGUUGGGCUAAUCUACAUUGGCUUCGAUCCAUACGUUUGUGUCGCCAUCAUUACACUCUCGCUCGGGUUUAACGGUGCAUCUACGAUGACCAAUCUCCAAAACUCCCAGGACCUGGCGCCUAACUUUGCCGGAACGCUGUACGGUAUCAUUAACUUUGUCGGAACGUCUAGCGGCUUCAUCUCGCCCAUCCUCGUAGCUCACUUUACCGUUCAGCAGAGUACUAUGGAAGAAUGGCAAUAUGUUUUCAUAAUUGGUGCCGCGGCUUACAUCGUUCCUGCGCUCAUAUUUAUCGUCUUUGGUUCAGGACAGGUACAGAAAUGGAACGAACCGAAACAAACGCAAGCGAAUGCAGAGUUCCAACACACCUAAGUUUACGACAAACCCCCCGAAGCUACAUUCCCACACAACUCUUUCUUUUGCCACACUCUUUCCUUCUUCUAUCGAAUCUCAGGACAAUUUACUGUCGAUAAAUCGAACCCUACCGUCAUACGGUAACACUCCCAACCAUACUAA